UUACUUCUGUUUAGUUUGGAAAAUUAAGUUAUUUUCUAAAUAAAAUAUGACUGAAUAUCCAUCUUGUGAAAAAAUAGCUGAAAUAUCAAUUGAAAAAUUUACAAAUUUAAUAAAAAAUAUUGAAAAUGACGUUGAACAAUGGAGUAUUCUUUCAACUAUUAUCGAAUAUAAUCAAAAAUCCAAAGAAUGCAAAGUAGUUGCACUUGGAACUGGCACAAAAUGUAUAGGAGUUGAUAAAAUGUGUCCAAAUGGUACAAUUCUUAAUGAUUCACAUGCUGAAAUUAUUUGCCGCAGAUCAUUUCUUCGUUAUAUUUAUAGUGAAAUGCUUAAGAAUAAUGAAAUUUUUCAAUUUGAUAAAACAAAAUGUUACUUUUCUUUAAAUCCUGAUAUAACAUAUCAUUUCUUUAGUACACAUCCUCCUUGUGGUGAUGCAACAAUUACAGAGAAUAACGACGAAGCUGUUGCAUCGAAAAAAACAAAAUUAGAUAGUGAUUAUGUUUGUACUGGUGCUAAAAUUUUAGGUAUUAUAAAAGGAUAUAAUUCAAUAACAGGAGAAAAAAAUGAUCCAUUGAAUCAAGAAGAAGGAGCUUUACGUACGAAACCUGGUCGAGGUGUUAGAACUUUAUCAAUGUCAUGUAGUGAUAAAUUAUCAAAGUGGAAUAUACUUGGUGUUCAAGGUGCCUUAUUAGAUUUAUUAUUAAAGGAUCCAAUAUAUUUUAAAACAUUGAAUUUCUGUUAUGAAAUUCAUGUUAUGGAAUCGAUUAAAAGAGCAAUUUAUAAUCGAUGGAAAAUUAAAAAAUUUAUAAAUGAUAGAUAUAUACUGCAAGAACCGGAUAUAAGAAUAAAUUGUGAUACAAUAUUUUACUUAACUAAAUUAGAUGAUAAGAAACCAUCACCACGUAGUAUUGCUUGGUGUAAUACACCAGAAAACGAAAAACCUUUAGAAAACGCAAUCAAUGGUAAAAAACAAGGUAUUACAAAAAAAGCGCUUGAAAAAUCACCAUUAUGUGGAGUACUUCAAAUAUCUAAAUUUAUGCUAUCAAAAAAAUUCAUUGAAGUCGUUAACCAUUACCCAACGAUAAAAGAUAAGAUUUUGAGAAAAAUCGGAGAAUCUAAAUUACAACUUUCUUAUAAAGAAUUAAAAAUAUUAUCAGAAUGUUAUCAAAACGCUUGGAACUCUUUGAAAACUGAUUUUUUUGGUAGUUGGACAGAAAAACCAGAAGAUCUUUUAAAUUUCAAAGUAAAAUUAUGAUAUUUAGUUAUAAAUAUCAUUAUUAUUAUUGUUGUCAGGAAUUUUUUUAAUUCAUUUUGUAUAAUUUGUAAAAAAUAAUAGUUAAGGAUUUUUUUUUUAUCCCAAUUUUUUAGUAGACUAACAAAAAGUGCCGAACUGUUGUUUGUAAAAAAAAUAAAUAAUUUACUUUUGAAUGAUUUAUUUUUGAAGGAUAAAGUAAAUUUACCAGUUGUAUUUCCAUUACAAUUAAUAAAUUACUGGAUACACUACUCUUAUACUCCCGGAAGUUAUGGGUUUUAUGUAUGCAAGUCUAUUUUUAUAGCGAGUUUUUAUUUUAAUUCUAAAUAUAUAGUUUAAGAACUGUAAUUGUUUAAGAAUUGUAAUUUCCGCAUUGAAAAGUUGUAAUUUAGCAGCCAUUGCAAGAAGUUUUGAGAACUUGUAAUACUUUUGAAUCAACAAAAUUUAUAUGAUACUUUUGGGAAGCUGCCAGAAAAUCAGUGCCUUAACUACAAAUACAUCCUUUCAAAUACUUUUUUUUAACUAUAAUUUCUUAGUAGUUAUAACUGGAAUUUCCAUUUCAUUUAUUUCUGAAAAUAAUUUCUUUAUACUAAAGUACUUAGAAUUUGCUAUAUUCUAGACUUGAUA